UAAAGCCUCCCAAUUUUGCUUUUUCAGGAGGAAAUGAUUAGAGCAAGGUUUGAAGCCAAGCAUCGAAGAUGAAGGAGCUCAUGGAGGUGCAUGGGGCAUGGCUUCCACGUUGGCUGGCAGAUCAUUUGAAUCACUACAAGUCUCUUUUGGAGAAGCAUUGGCAGGAGCACGGAAAACCUGCUAUGGACAUAAUGAUACAGAAGGCAGUUGAGAAGAAGGCCCAAGCUGAGGUAUGGGCUGCGCCACAUGUAGAAACAGUGAAAACAAAAUGGAUGCCAGCUGUGAAGGAACAAUGGGUGGUGAUGACCACUAACCUCAAGCCACAUGUGGAAUUGGUAAAGACCAAAGGAUUAGAGAUUUAUGAGACAUCUAAAGGCGCCAUAACUCCACAUAUUGUCAAGGUUCAGGAACUAGCAGAACCUCACGUUCAGGAACUUAAGAAAAUCAGCAAGCCAUACAUUGAUCAGGUUGCCACUGCUACAAAACCUCAUGUUGAAAAAGUCCGUGUUGCUGUAAAGCCUUAUACAGAUGUGGCAGUUCAUCAUUAUGGGAAGUUCCUUGAGUCUGCAACAGUAUACCACCGUCAGCUGCAAGGCACAGUCGAUGAGACACUGAAGAAACAUGAGCUUACAAGACCUCUUGCAACAAAGGAGUUUAUCUGGUUUGCUGCCUCAGCGGUGUUGGCUCUGCCUGUUAUAAUUCUGUUCAAACUUUUGUCUGCCAUUUUCUGUACAAAGGCGAAGAAUCCUACUCGAAAUGGUAAAUCCCACCAUUCACGUCGCAAGUCCAAGAGGGCACACACAGACAAGUAGGGCGAGGUAGUAAAAUGCUUUCAUCAGAAAUCAAGCGCCUUACAGUUUGCAGAUCAGUUGUGUCAUUUUUGCACGGGGCUUUUGAAGUAUCAACCAGUCUGCAGAUUCUUUUGUUUUCCAAGUUCUGCAUAGGUUUUCCAUAUGUGCAUAAAGCAUUAAUGGGGAGGAUAGUGGGUGUGAGAUAUUUAUUUUUGUAAUAUCGUUUCUUUGCUUUGGAUAGUGUUAAAUGUUGGUGUUUUAUUAUCUUCCCACCACGCUGUUAGGUUACAAUCUUGUGACACUAUAUUUACUUGGUUGUAAUAUUUAUCAGAGUUGUCUUAGUUGUAUUAAGAACUUUAUAUUCAUAUUUGAUCAUAUUUGUAACGAAAGGGAAAAAACUAUUUGACAAGUCAAACGGAGGAUAAAUAUAAACAAUUUACCGGGUAAAUUUGGCCU